UCAGGAAAGAACUCAUGGGCAUUUUAAGGGACCUUAGGAGAUUCCAUGGGGUCUCAGGAAUGCUUAAGAACGUCCCAGAAGGUUUUCGGAGGGUUUCAAGCAGUUUCAAGGGCGCUUCAGAGGAUCUCAGGGACGUUUGGGCCAUAAUCAUGAUCGUUCUUGGGGUCAAAGGGGUUUUAGGGCGUACCAGAAGAUCUUAUGAGCAAUGCAAUUUAGGGGGUCUCAGAGGGUAGGAGGUCUCAGGGGCGCUUCAGGGAGCCUCAGGGGCCCAUCAAGGAGCCUCGGGGGCUUUUCAAGGGAUCCCACGAGAUUUAAAGGGGUCCUAGGGGAUUUCAGGGGUUAUCGGAGGUAUCAGGAGCAAUACGAAGGGUGUCAGGGGAUACCUCAAGUUCUCAAGGGUAUUUCAGAGGGUCUCUGGGGGUUUCAAAGGGGUUCUAGAGGGUCUCAAUGGCGGUUUAGAGGAAUUAAGAGUGUUCCAGUGAUUCUCAGGAGUGAUAUAGGGAGUCCCAGGGACCAGUAGUGUCAAGUGCGUGUGAGAGUUUGAAGGAGUUUAAAGAAGCCUCAGAAAUAAAAAAAAAUCAUGAGGGUUUCCUGAGCCUUUCAUGGGAUUUCAGGUAGUUUUCAGUUUAGGCUGGUGUUAUGGAACCAGAGGGAGCUAUUUGAAAUGCUUUCGAAACUCUAAGAACACCCUUGAAAUAUACCUGAAACACUCUGAAACGACCCUGAAAACACUUUGUAACGACCCUCAAAUGCAUCUAAACACCUCUGAAACCAGAACAGAGUAAAAAAGCUCAAUAAUAGCAUAUUUUGAUACGGAGAUCAAAAAGUGAUAUUCGUUUGUUUGAGAUAAGAGGUAAAAGUACUGAAAAUAAUAUCUCAAUUUUACUCCUGGAACAUCAUCAUCAUAGCACAUUUAGCUCUUAGCAAGGACUUACCAAUAACAGUGAUAGUGAACUAUUCGAUUGAUCUUCAAAUAUCAAAUUUUGCUAUUGGUUCAAGAGCAAAUGUUUGCUAUUAUUUUCAGUAGAGUAAGGUGGGGCAAAAGUUUCUUUUAAUAAAUUAACAGUGUAAACAAAAAUAAAUCUGGCUGCACUGUCAUGGGAAGGUCAGUACUUUGACAGCUGAAAACUUAGCAUAAAAAUUGUUUUUGUUAUGGUCAAAAGCGCUGAGUUUUUUGGAAAAGUUUGUUUUGGUCUCCAGAAAAGUAAUUUUUCGAUCCGCGGCAAACGUGUUUUCUGUGCAACUUUGUCAAUUUCACCUAUCUGUUAUUGUGAUCUAUUACACUUGAAGGCUCCCUCGAAAGAUGCGAAACUACGUGCGAAAGUCGGAGAGAUCGGUUUGUACCCCCGAGUUGCUCGAACAAGCCCGGCAGAGGAUAGCGAAUGGGGAAUCGAAACUUGCCAUUGCCAAAAGCAUCGGAAUCACCGAAGCUGCAUUGCGAAAACGACUGAAAAAGGGAUACGGCAUGGAGAAACUUGGUCGUUUCAAGCCAACCUUCACUACGGAACAAGAAAAUGAACUAGCAAGCCACUGCAAAACCCUCGACGAAUGCUUCUAUGGAUUAUCGUUUAUGGAUUUCCGCAGAUCAGUAUAUCAGUAUGCCGACAUCAACAACAUCCCCAGCGGAUUCAAUCAAGAGUCGCGGGCAGCUGGGAAGUAGUGGGCGCUUUCGUUCAUGCGCAGACACAACUUAUCUCUCAGAAUACCUCAGCAAACCAGCCUUGGCCGGAUGAUGGGUUUCAACCGAGUGCAGGUUGGCAUAUUCUUCAACAAUUUGCGCGAAAUCACCAUAAAGUAACGAUUCACCGCGGAUCGCGUAUACAACAUGGAUGAGACUGGAAUGUCGACGGUGCCCAACAAUGUCCCCAAGGUUGUGUCUGCUACUGGCAAAAAAGCUGUAGGCAAAAUUAGCUACGGUGAGAGAGGAGGGUUGGUUACAGCUGUUUGUGCCAUAAGCGCACAAGGGAGUUACGUGCCUCCAGCGUUGAUUUUUAAAAGAAAGCGCCAAAAAACAGAACUUAUGGAUGGAGCACCUUGUGGAUCGAAAAUGUUUAUUUCGGAUGCAGGAUAUAUAAACUCCGACUUGUUCUACGAAUGGGUAGAACACUUCCAGGUUAGCACAAAGGCCACAAAAGAGAAUCCCGUUCUGCUGAUUUUGGACAACCACAGUUCGCAUCAGUUGCUGAAAACAGUUCUUUACUGCCGAGGGAACGGAAUAGUGUUGCUUUCGAUUCCUCCUCAUAGCAGCCACAAAGUUCAACCAUUGGACCGAUGUUUCUUCCAGGCGCUCAAGACCAACUAUGCUGAAGCUUGCAACAACUGGCUUGUUACACAUCCUGGCAGAGUGAUCACUCAGUAUCAGGUGGCAGAGCUCUUCGGAAUUGCUUAUGGUUGAUGUGCAAGUAUUGAAAAGGCAGUCAAUGCUUUCAGGAUGUGUGGAAUCGUCCCUAUCAAUCCAGGCAUUUUUACGGAUGAAGAUUUUAUGCCAAGCGAAGUAACCAACAAUAAGGGAAAUGAAGAGAACGUCGAUCCGGAAGUAAUGCACAUCCCCAGAAAUGAUGAAUCAGAAAUUCCAUCCACAUUGAUUGA